AUUAUGAUGGCAGCACUGGGGUUAAAAUACAUUUAAGAACUGGAAGAACUGAUUUUAAUCUUUCAGACAAGAUGACACAAAUGUACUCAAAACAAGGCUGUAGUCAUCAGUGCAUGAAGCUGUUUAAAAUGUAAUGUCAUCAACAUGCAAAUUUAUUAAGCAAAGCACUUAUUUUGGCAUAUUUUACACCACGUUUUUAGCUUCACUAUCAUCAUAGAUUCAGGCUACAUCUUGGGUGAGAUUUAGGUUAAUUCACUACCAAAUUAAUUAAAAGCAUUUUUUGGUGCUGAGAUGCCACAGUAUAUGUUCUAUAACAACUUGAACUUAAUUUUUGUUACCAAUUUUAUUUUGCGACAGACCCGGAUACCAGAUACAAAUGUAAAGUCAUAGGUUGAAGUCACAGCUGCAACAAUAAUGCAGAAACACAACAGGAAUAUGACCAGAAUAAAUUCAUUUCAUCCAAUUUAAUUUCUCCAUUUCGUUCAAAUUCAGUAGAAAAGUCCUUUCAAAGACUUUACAAAAAAGGUUAUUGCCAACUUCAGUCCUAUUCAGUCCAAUUGUUAUAUUGUAAAACAAGUACCAUUCCAUUUUAUUUACAGCACAGUUAAUUUAUUUAGAAACAAUUCACAAAAAAUCUCUUCACAAUGCAAUUACAAGAUGAACAGGUCUAAUCCCUUGGCAAAUAUGAUUGGAAUCCAAUGUAAUCUGAAUUUGAUUCAAAUCAAGGCAACACCCUCCAGUCCAAUCAGACCAUCAGGUUUAAAUCCAAAUACAUACAGUCCACAUAAAUACUGAUUUUAACACAGCACAAUGAACGACCUGCCUCUCAUUUGUCUCUUAAAAACUCUAGGACCUAACAGUUAAUCUGCAUUCUGAAAGCAAAGCGCUUUGUUGGGAAAAUCCAAGUUAUCAAAAUUCUUCUCCUCACCUUCUCACACCUCAUCCCCGAAAAAUAGACUCUUGUUUUCUACUUGCUUGUUUAUCUGGAAUCAUCCCUGUUUUUUGUUUUGUCAUGCUUUUUAUAGUUUAGGUGUUUCAUCAAGUGGUUCAGGGAAUAUUUACACUGCAGCUUGAAAUCCUUCACGUCAGAGACUGUUUAAAUGAGAACAGAUCAAAACUAAAAAAGCUAAACUAAACUAGAAAAAAACUCAAACUUUACAAUUGUGGACAAUAUCGUCCACCAGAUCUGAUUCAAGUAUCCAGUUUGAACAUAGCAAUUGCUUUUAUAAAUAUUGAACUGAAUAGAUUAAUUGAGGUUAGCAUUUAGUUUUGAUAGAACUUUAGAUAUACAUUGGAAAUAGUAACUUGUUGUUUCUGUUGGAUCUAUCUGUGGUUCCUUUUGUUUUGAGAUUGACUUGCUUUUAAUGCGUGUAUUUUAGCUUUCAGAUUCAACUGAUUGAACAAAGGCAUAAUUAUGUACAGCUGCAACCCACCACACUCUAUGAGAACACCUUCUACGCCUCUUUGGUCGCAAAAACUCAACAGCUUUUUGUUCAGCACCAUGGACAGAGUCUGCAGAUCUCUGGCGCCACCAGCUGGUCAUAAUUAUUUAUUAAAUUAAUUAUUAGCAUAGCUCAAAACCUAAUGGAGAAUGAGUCCCUAAACUGCUAAUACUCAAACUGGCAAAAUAAUUAUUUAUAAAUGGUUUAACAUAGAACGAGUUCCAGUUUAUUUCCAGGCUUUAGAAGUGAAAUUAAGUACAAAGUCUACUGAGAAAAAAAAAAAAGGCUGUAAGUAGAAAUCCACGAUAGAAGAACUAACCUAAAAAGAGAUCAUUUAAAUAACAAAUGGGUUAAUCCAUGAAACAGCAGCAGAGGUGAAUGAUUUUGAAUCUGAUGGAGAACAAAAGGUUUUCAUGGACCUGAAGGACUCUCCUACUGCUGCACAAGGAAGGAGAAAAACUCCAACAGAGGGUCUCAAAAAGAAGAAAAGGGGAACAGACAAUAAAACAGGAGGACAACGACAGCUGCCAGUGAAACCCACUACAGCAGACACAUUAUAUUAAGGGCUUCACUGAUCUGUUGUACGUUUACAGCUGUUGAUGCCAGAUAUAUUUUAUGUGUUGUUGUAUUUGCUUCUCGUUGUUUAAUAAUGCAUCACGCAGCAAUAACCUGUAUAUUUAAAAUGAAAAAAAUGUGGUUAUCUAAAAUUAUAGUCAAGGUCAGAUUUCUUCUUGCCCAUCUUCUCUAAUGGCCAGAUUUGUGGAGUACACAACUAAUAGUUGUUUUUACAACAGAUUCUCACACCUGAGCUGUGGAUUGCAGUAGCUCCUCCAGAGUUACCACGGGCCUCUUUGCUGCUUCUCUGAUUAAUGGUCUCCACUCCCGACGCAUCAAUUUAGUUGAAUGCUCAUGUCUUACUCGGUUUGCUGUUGUGCCACAUUCUUCUGAUUUGUAUGCUGAUGCUGUUUGUUCGUUAAUGUUCUCCACCAGAUCUUCGCAGAACAGCUUAAUAGAUUAAAUCACACACAGAUUGGCACUACUUAGCAAACGGGGGAAAUCUGACGGGAAUUGGCUGGAUUGGAUUUUAUUUAGGGGAAUCGGAGUAAAUGGGGUCAAUAAAACUGCAGUCAAUCAUGUUUAAUUUCCUCACAGAAUAUUCUAGCGUCUCAACAAACAAUAAACAUAACCUUAUGUAAACCAGCUCCUCCGCCUGUGUGCCCCAGGGUGGGUGCAGCUCUUAUGAUGCACGUCCCAUCAUCCAUCCGUCACUGCUCCCAUCCAAUCAGCUGCGACCCGAUUGGACCAGUCAAAGUGUUUUUCCUCUCUCAUCCUUGGAUACCUUGAGCGGAGGGCACAGAUUUACCUCUUUACUGUCGCCGUGCCGGUGGUGGUGUCCCCUCCUCGACGUGAUGGAGAACACCCGCUGCUUCGCCAACCGCUUCUCCGACUACAGAGGCGCGCUGCUGCCGGGCCAGCGGGCCGAGGCCAUUGUCCCAGCCGUAGUGGCCAAAAUUGAAAGAAUCCUAAAAAAGGUCCCCAUCGACAUCAGCGACUGCGACGGAGGGCUGUACGACGGGCCGGCCGGAGUAGCUUACAUGCUGUAUCACGUCAGCGAGUGUCCGCUGUUCUCCGAGCAGCGGGACGUCUACCUGAAGUCGGCCAAGCAGAUCAUCGACGUGUCGGUGAGGUACGCGGACGCGGAGCCAGACAAGAACAUGCGAGCCGCCUUUCUGCUCGGCGGGGCGGGCAUCUACGCCGUGGCCGCGAUGAUAUACAAGUCCCUCGGCUUGGCCGAUUUCGUGAAGCCGCUGACCAAGUUUCGGAACCUGUGGGAGGUGUGUGCGCCCAUCAAUUUCCUGGAGUGCGGCUCAGACGAGCUGUUUGUGGGGCGGGCGGGCUACCUGUGCGCCGCUUUGGUCCUCAAACAGAAGUUGGGCAUUGAGAUACUGAGCAAAGAUCAGAUCAAAUCUGUCUGUCAGGCCAUCAUCGAGUCAGGAAAACAGUACGCCAGGAGGAAGAGAAAGCCUUUCCCGCUGAUGUAUUCAUACUAUGGAACUGAAUACAUUGGUGCAGCCCACGGCCUCUCUUCAGUGCUGCAGAUGCUGCUGAGUUACCAGGACAUGCUCAGCAGGGCGGAGAAGGACCUGGUGUGGCAGAGCGUGGAUUUCCUCAUGAGUCAGGAGCAGAACUGCAACUGGCCGGCAGAACUGGGAGCUAUCAUCGAGAGGGAAAAUGAGCUGGUGCACUGGUGCCACGGUGCCCCAGGUGUGGCAUAUCUUUUCGCGAAAGCCUAUCUGAUCAAUAAGAAGCCACAGUAUCUGGACACGUGUAUCCGCAGUGGGGAGCUUGUCUGGCAGAAGGGCCUGCUGAAGAAAGGACCUGGCAUUUGUCAUGGAGUGGCUGGCAGCGCUUAUGUCUUCCUCCUGCUUUAUCGCCUCACAAGCAAUUCGAAAUACCUCUACCGUGCCCAAAGGUUUGCAGAGUUUAUCUUCACCGAGGAGUUUAAGGCAGGCUCUCUCUCGGUCACCAGCAUCUACAGUCUGUUUGAGGGCCUUUCUGGGACCAUUUGUUUCCUGGUUGACCUCCUGCAGCCGGACCAGUCAGAGUUCCCUCUCUUCAGCAUCUUUGUGUGAACCAGCUUAGUCCUGUUACCUACCCUGAACAGAGGUUAUAAUUUUUACCCUGUAAUCCUUAAAGAGAUAGACUGAUAACCACUGUAAAACCGGGACAGAUGCUGGGAUUGUUACACUAGAUGAAUUGGUUUCAAUUAGGGCUUAAACAAUUAUCAAAUUUGAAGUCAGUGGCAGUAGAAAAGAAUGGUCUUGUUUUGUGUGGAUGUACACCGUCCAGGGUUUAUCACUGUAUCUCCUGGAACAUGAUCCGUUUCAGUUUAGCAAGAGUGAAUGAGUGUUAUUAGCGACUUAAACCUAAGCUACUUAUUUUUAAAUCUGCUCUGGAUUUCUUAUAACUUCAAAGCAUAAUAGAAACUCAUCACGUUUGCUUCAGCAUUAAAAUAACAGCAGCUAACAUGCGCAAAGGAAGCCAAAUUUCUCAGGGUGGUCUGUGGUUAAAUUUAGCACUAAUGUUCAGCAAAAAUGUAUAACAGCGAAGUGUCUUAAUAAAUGUAUUUGCAUAUGUCAAACGUAGAAUGAAACCAAUCUACAAACACUUGCUGCAUGUAAAUACAGGUCCUUCUCAAAAUAUUAGCAUAUUGUGAUAAAGUUCAUUAUUUUCCAUAAUGUCAUGAUGAAAAUUUAACAUUCAUAUAUUUUAGAUUCAUUGCACACUAACUGAAA